AUGCCAGCAGCGGGCGAGGACUCGGGAUCUCUAGCUCGCCUGCUGGAGGAUACUUCCGAGCUCCGCAGACGCAUCCUCGAGAAGCCCGAGCAGGUUCUCACGAGAUGGCUGAAUGACCAGGCGGUGGGAGUCGCAUCAGUCGGUGCGAUGAAGCUCAAUCAUCUUGCACUGGAGAUCUUGGCCAGAUGGUGGGUCGAGCGAUGCCCUUACCCCAAGACGGUGCCCAUCGAUCGGAUGCGAGACGAGGAUCGUUGCUUGGACACCUUCUAUGAAAUCUUGAAGAUUGCUUGGGUGAUUCCAGAGGGUGGCCUAUCAGAGGAGGCCCUUUUGGCCAUUGAGGAUGGACCUGUGGAGAUUCCCGAGGAGAAUGAUCCUCCGGUGGAGCCGGCGGCAGAGCCGGUCCCUUUGCCGGCAGAGCCGGUCCCUUUGCCGGCAGAGCCGGUCCCUUUGCCGGCAGAGCCGGUCCCUUUGCCAGACCUCCCGUCAGAUCCCUACAUGGAGAAGGCUGCUUCCUUCCUGAAGCUCCGGUCCCCUAGGCUUCAGGAAGACCAGGACUCGCAGAUGCUUCGUGCGAGCUCGGACGAGUGCAUCACUGCGAGCCCGGCCUCCGUUUUGUCCCCUACCGAGCCGCCUCCGAUUACGCCGAAAAAGCUGUUCCAGGAGGAGGAGAAGCUUGUUCUUACAUCAGAUGACAUCAGCAUAGCCCGGGCGAGGAUUCGAGAGCAGUUGAGGCCGAAAUUGCAUCAAUGA